CUUUUUCUAUUUAAUUGUUUUAAUUUUUUCUUAAUUUAUCUUGUUUUUGUUGCCUUAUGUAACACUUUGUAACGGUUGUCUUGUGCUAUAGCCUAUAAAUACUUAUUAUUAUUAUUAUUAUUAUUAUUGUUAUUAUUAUUAUUAUUAUUACAGUUUCUCGUUACAAAGUAAUCACAAUACUGUCCAACUAUGUCACCGCCUCCAGUCACUUCCAGCUGUUGCAUGCUGAGCUGGGGGCGUGUUGUUUGUUGUGCGGUGUCUCUCUCCACGAUUGAUGUCUUUGCUCUCUCGACUACUCUCAACCUUUGGCACAGGAUUAAGUCGAUACAGUUAAACUACAGUAAAGUUUUGAAGCCUGUCUACCUCUUUAGAGCUGAUCAUGACGCUUCAAGCAAGAGCUCUGGUCACCUCUAAAUGGCUUGCGGAGGCAAUGAAGGUCCAGGGGAAAAUGCGCAUCUUGGACACUUCGUGGUAUUUGCCCAAACUACGGCGCAGCGCCAAGAGUGAGUUCAAGAAGAGACACAUCACGGGCGCAGCUUUCUUUGACAUAGACCAAUGUUGUGAUAAAACCUCUCCUCUGGACCACAUGUUGCCGUCAGAGAAAUUUUUUGCAGACUAUGUCGGGAAUUUGGGAAUAGAGAGCGACACGCACGUCGUUGUGUACGAUACCAGCGACUUCGGUGCGUUCUCGGCGCCCCGUGUAUGGUGGAUGUUCCGGGUGUUCGGGCACAGCUCGGUCUCGUUGCUCAACGGGGGGCUCAGAAACUGGGAGCUGGAGGAGCGACCGGUAAGUGACCAAUACGUCAGACCCACAUCGACUGAGUUCAAGGCUUCCGUAAACCGCUCCUGGAUCAAGACCUAUCAGGAUAUCCUGGAUAAUUUGUACACCAAGAAGUUCCAGGUGGUGGAUGCCAGACCAGCAGGCAGGUUCAGAGGACUGGACCCUGAACCCAGAGACAACACAGAGCCAGGCCACAUCCCCGGCUCCAUCAGCAUGCCCUUCCACUCCUUUCUGUCCGAGUCAGGUCACUUCCUGCCCAAGGAGGAACUCCAGGGUUUGUUCGCCCGGGCCGGGGUGGACCUCAGCCGCCCUAUUUGUGUCUCGUGCGGUUCAGCCGUGACCGCGUGUCACGUGGCACUGGCAGCCCAUGAAUGCGGGCACCCGGGGGUGUCGGUGUACGACGGCGGGUGGUCGGAGUGGUUCACCCGUGCCGUGCCCGAGCAUGUCAUAUCUGAAGGAAGAGGGAAACAUUUGUGAUUGGCUUAAAAGUAGCCUACAGGAGGUGUUUUUGAUGGAUCAGACUGGGACUUGGUGACAAGGAAAGAAGAAUGAUGUCCAUUGCCUGUUUUUGAGGGAAAGUGUGCUAAGGUUUAAAGGUAUAGGUUGACAUUCUGGGAAAUACACUUAUUUGCUUCCUUGAUGAAAGCUAGAGGAGACACUUUUGCUAAAUAAAGCUACAGCCAGCAGCCAGUUAGCUUAGUUUAGCCUGGCUCUGUCCAAAGUUUAACAAACCCACCAACCAGCACCUCUACAUUUUACUAAUUAACAGGUUACAUCCUGUUUGUUUAAUCCGUGAAAUGUGAAAACGACAACUACUAUGAGGCUAGCUAAUUGCCUGUUGGCUAGACUUAUUAUUCAUAUUCAGUGUACAUACAUGAGGGUCUUAUCAAUCUUCUUAUCUAAUUCUUGGUGGGAAAAAAUGUCAAAAUGUUCCUUUAACAUUCAACAACAAUAGAUGAAUAAGGGACAUUUUUUUCAUUCCAAACAUUGAUAGACAUGAAUAGAUGACCAAAGCCUGCAAUAUGUGAACACUAAACCUGAUUGUUUAAUCAGUUUUGAAACUGGAAAAUAUUUGUUUACAGCUAUAAUAUAUAUGUUGGAAUAAAAUAGAGCUGCACUUUCAAUCACAACGAGCCGAGAGUUUUUCAAAUCUCAUGUGCAUGUACUCCUCGAGUGAAGUGGACAGUAAACUGACCAGAGAGCAGGCUGGUAGAAAAGUGCACUUUGAGUUUGACUGUUGCACUUUUUUAACCUUUGAGCUCAGAAUUCAAAAUGCUGAUUAGACAGUUACACACGCACACACACACGCAGACGCAGACGCAGACGCAGAUGCAGACUGCCUUAGGAGUAUCGAUGCAGUAAAGUGUUCCCAAUGUGUAACAACAUUUUUUGUAGUUUUUAGAUGACAACUUUUUACAGACUUCUCUUAAAUAUUAGACAUUGAAUACAUUUCAAAUACACAUUUGAUCCAUCAAAUAGUCAUAUAGCAAUUAACUUGGACUAUUCUGACAGCUCAUUCUUUCUUUAUCUCCCAUUUGAAAUGGUUAAAAUGUUUAAAUGGCUCCCGGGCAAUGUCAUUGGUCACAAAUAAUAUUACUUUUUAUAUAUAACAAAUUAGUAACUCAACAUGUUAGUAUUCCACCUCUCAUAAUUCACUUUAGCUUCUUCUUAGUGAGGUUGCAGAUUGCAACCAACUGAAUACCCCUCCCCUUCCCUUUCCUCGUGUGUAGGAGAACC